GCAUAGGUUUAGGCCUCUUCAUUUUCUUGAAGGUUCUUGGUUUGUGGUGUUGACACUCUCCAAUAAUUGCUAAAACUACUCCGGUUUCUUGAUCAAGUCUUGGGCUUCCGUUCCUGUUCGUUCUCAUCAUAAUAUUCGUAAUCCCUGUUGCUGGGUAUUCUUGCCGCUCAACUUUCAACAAUUAAAGAAAAUUUGGUUGUCUUGAUUGAGUUUUCCAUUGCCUUAAUGAUUGAAUCUCAGUAUUUCAGUGUAUACUAUCAAAAUUUCCACUAUGGAUCGAGAAGGAAAAGAUUGUGCUAGAUUCAAUAACUCGAGCUUUUCCAGCAAUAGUGAUAUAUUUGAACCCCCUUCAAGUAACAAUGCUAAGCAGCGGGCAACUUUGAUAGAAUGGUUAAAUAGCACUCUUGAUCUAAGUUUGCCAAUAAAUGCUUCAGAUGAAGAAUUGCGAGCAUUCUUGGUUGAUGGAUCUAUCUUGUGUCAAAUACUAAACAAACUAAAACCCGGUUCGGUAACUGAGUGUGGUGGAUCAGUUCAUACUCCAAAAUCACGGUUGGGAAAUGUCCAAAGAUUUUUGUCAGCAAUGGAUGAAAUGGGGUUGCCAAGGUUUCAGGCAGCAGACCUGGAAAAGGGGUCUAUGAAAAUUGUCUUGGACUGCCUUUUAACACUACAAACACAGUUCAUGAAUAUUGGGAGGUCUAGGAGUGAUCCCAGUUCAAGAUGGAAAUUAUUAGGUGAGCGCCCAGUAACUGGGGAUACUCUUCCAAGGGAAGAAUCCCCUCGAUUUCUCUCUUCCCCACCAUUUGGAGAAGACAAGAAGAAGUUAGUAAUAGACUCAAAGUUUCAGCGUGCAUUGCGUAGUCGCACAAUGACAGCCCUUAUAAAUCAUGUGGGUCAUAAGUUUCAUGAGGUCUUCCAACUUAAACAAGGAUCUUAUACGGAUCUUCCUGCUGCAAAGAUUUCAGAAAUGAUGAAAUCAAACAGCUUAGAUAAUGCUCCGACUCAGUCACUAUUAAGUGUUGUCAAUGGUAUUUUAGAUGAAAGCAUUGAGCGGAAGAGUGGAGCAAUACCUCAUCGUGUUGCUUGCCUAUUGAGAAAAGUUGUGCAGGAGAUUGAGAGACGGAUAUGUACUCAAGCAGAACAUUUGCGAACGCAAAAUAAUCUUUUUAAGGCACGUGAGGAAAAGUACCAAUCAAGAAUUAGAGUGCUUGAAGCCCUUGCAACAGGGACUAGCGAAGAGACACAGAUUGUUAUGAACCAACUCCAACAGCUUAAGAGUGAGAAGAACAAAAUAGAAGAAAGAAAGAGAGUGGAGGAACAAGAUGUGUUAAGACUAAUAAAAGAGAAAGAUGACCUCAAUCAAGAGAUAGCAAAUUUGAUGCAAGAGCUGGAAAUAGCUAGGAGUUCGUAUGAACAAGAAUCCUCGAAAAUGAAACAUGAAACUGGAGGAGUUGAAGCUACAGGAGCUGAAGUUGGAGGAACUAAAGUUGAAGGAGCUGAAGCUGGAAGAGCUGAAGCUGGAGGAGCUGAAGUUGGAAGAGCUGAAGCUGGAGGAGCUGAAGUUGGAAGAGCAGAAGCUGGAGGAGCUGAAGUUGGAAAAGCAGAAGCUGGAGGAGCUGAAGUUGGAAGAGCAGAAGCUGGAGGAGCUGAAGUUGGAAGAGCAGAAGCUGGAGGAGCUGAAGUUGGAAGAGCAGAAGCAAGAGCAGAAGCUGGAGGAGCUGAAGUUGGAGGAGCUGAAGUUAGAAGAGCUGAAGCUGGAGGAGCUAAAGUUGGAAGAGCAGAAGCUGGAGGAGCUGAAGUUGGAAGAGCUGAAGCUGGAGGAGCUGAAAUUGGAAGAGCUGAAGGAAGAAUAGCUGAAGUCGGAAUAGCUGAAGCUGGAGGAGCUGAAGAUGGAAGAGCUGAAGCUGGAAGAGCUGAAUUUAGAACUGCUGAAGCUGGAAGAGCUGAACAAGAACUUGAGAAUAGGUUGAAGGAAGUUGAAGGCUCGCUAAUGGAGUCAAGAAAUAGAGUGAAUGAAGUUGAAGGAUUGCUAAUGGAGUCAAGAAAUAGAGUAAAGGAAGUUGAAAGUGCGCUAAUGGAGUCAAGAAAUAGAGUAAAGGAAGUUGAAAGUGCGUUAAUGGAGUCAAGAAAUAGAGUGAAUGAAUUUGAAAGCGCGCUAACGGAGUCAAGAAAUAGAGUCAAGGAAGUUGAAAGUGCGCUAAUGGAGUCAAGAAAUGGAGUGAAUGAAUUUGAAAGUGCGCUAACGGAGUCAAGAAAUAGAGUGAAGGAAUUUGAAAGCUCACUAAUGGAAUCAAGAAAUAGAGUGAACGAAGUUGAAAGCGCUCUAUCGGAGUCAAGAAAUAAAGUGAAGGAAGUUGAAAGCUUGCUAAUGGAGUCAAGAAACAGAGAGAAGGAGCUUGAGGCAAUCUCAGAAUCAAAAUCUGAAAGCUGGAGCAAGAAAGAAAACAUUUACCACAUAUUCACAGAUUUUCAGCUUGGCGCAUUACGUGAACUAAGGUUCGCAUCUCAGUCUAUCCAGCAAGAAAUUGUGAGGACAAAGAAAAGCUAUUCAGAAGGCUUCAGUACUUUAGGGUCAAGAAUCAAGGUCCUAGACGAUGCAGCCAAAAACUAUUAUUCACUCCUUGCUGAAAAUCGAAAGUUACAUAAUGAACUACAAGAGUUAAAAGGAAAUAUUAGGGUCUAUUGUCGGAUACGGCCAUUUCUUCCAGGCCAAAAAGGGAAACAAUCAAUUGUUGAAUACAUUGGUGAAAAUGGAGAGCUAAUAGUUGUGAAUCCGGCCAAACAAGGGAAAGAAGGACGUCGUUCGUUUAAGUUCGAUAAAGUGUAUGGUCCAACAGCAACACAAGCUGAAGUAUUUUCAGAUACACAACCAUUAAUACAAUCAGUUUUGGAUGGGUAUAAUGUGUGUAUAUUUGCCUACGGUCAGACUGGUUCAGGCAAAACCUAUACAAUGACUGGCCCUGACGGAGCAACUGAAGAGGACUGGGGGGUCAACUACAGAGCUUUAAACAAUCUUUUCCGCAUUUCACAAAGUCGACAGAGCAGUUUUACAUAUGAAGUUUCCGUCCAGAUGGUCGAAAUAUAUAAUGAACAAGUUCGUGAUUUGCUGUCAAGUGAUGGUACACAGAAAAAAACACUUGGGAUUUCUACCGCGAAACCCAAUGGCUUGGCAGUCCCAGAUGCUUCCGUUCAAGCAGUUAACUCAACCUCAGAUGUCUUGGAACUAAUGGAUAUUGGACUAAAGAAUAGAGCUAAAAGCUCUACUGCCUUAAAUGAAAGAAGUAGUAGAUCACACAGUGUUGUCUCCAUUCAUGCCCGUGGUGUGGAUCUAAAGAGUGGUUCUUCAUUGCGAGGGAGUCUUCAUUUAGUAGAUCUUGCAGGAAGUGAAAGAGUAGACCGUUCAGAGGUAACAGGAGACAGACUUAAAGAGGCACAACAUAUAAAUAAAUCAUUAUCUGCACUUGGAGAUGUUAUAUUUGCUUUAUCACAAAAGAAUGCUCAUGUUCCGUACCGGAACAGCAAGUUGACUCAAGUCCUCCAGAGCUCGUUAGGUGGUCAGGCAAAGACACUUAUGUUUGUGCAGCUUAAUCCUGAUGUUAGUUCCUAUAGUGAAACCUUAAGUACUUUAAAAUUUGCUGAAAGGGUCUCCGGAGUUGAGUUGGGUGCAGCAAAAAGCAGCAAGGACGGUAGGGACGUAAGGGAGUUGAUGGAGCAGGUUGCGUCUCUGAAAGAGGCUAUAGCGAAGAAAGACGACGAGAUAGAGACGCUGCAGCUGCAUAAAGAUCCCAAAACUGCGGUAUAAGGUCAUUGAGAAGCUAAUGGCUGCAUGGAAACUUGUCGUCUUCGUCAUGAAGCAAAACUAACCGAGAAUAUUACUGAUAAGCCUAAUCUGAGUUCUGGAGUUCCACGAGCCACCAUAGAAUCAGCUAGGGAGUAUGCGAAGAGCUCCACUGGUUUAGGAAAAUCUCAGUGGAACCAAUUUAUCUAUCAGAUCUUGAAGAAGGUGGCAAUUAAUAGUUGAGAAUAGUUUAAGUCAAAUUUUCUUGUAUUUUAAUUUGUUUGAGUGUCAUCAAUGAUUUUGAUCCAUCCCACCUUUUCUUUUUCCCAAUUCAAUUUUGUAUAUAAUGUACCAAUUCUGGCACUUUUGCAUUUUGAGCUUGUAAAAAUCUGUAUAGGUUCAGCAAAAUCCUGCCGGAGAUUUGUAUAUCAUAACCAAACUUCUCAGUGGAAAUUAGAAAGAAUGAAAUGUGG